UUCUUCCCAUCCCUAAAGCUGAUGGUCUAAAGUACUUAGAUCGUACCUACUCGAUGUGGAGAGCCAAGGAUCGGGUUGAUUGGGGGCAAUUCGGGAAAAGCCUCCGCUUAACAGAAAAUAAUAAAAAAGGAAACUGAAUAAAAAUUGAGGCCUUCUUUGGGGGUGUAGGAUCUACCAUUAAUUUUGCAAAAUACUUAGGUAUCUAAUGAGUGCUAAUUCCUUAACCCUGCAAUAUCUUCAAAACUGUUAUUCGACGAUAAUAAUCAAAUCUUUCAGAGUUUUCAAGGGGAAUCUUUCAUCUAGGAUUGAUUGUACUACAGCCCAAUGUGCAAACAAUCACGGCUACAUUCAGUACACUUUGAUCCACCCUUGCUGUUCGAAAACCAUCACAACUUGAUCAGUCUUCUCAUCUCAAAAGCUUUUCAUUCAAAAAGGUUGGCUUACCUUACCACCUGUAUGUGCCAUCAAGAAAGCUAGUAUAAAACGAGUACGGGUUGAUGUUUCGCGUAUACUCGCUCGCCACAAGGUCAAGUGCGAGCGUCCGAGUCAUUGCUCUUCGCGUACAUCGCAUAGUUGCGCCGGCGCAGCUAUUAGUGCUCGGAGAUCCACGGAGCGCGGUACAACAUGAGGGCACAACUGUUCUUAGGAUUCUUCGUGUGGGCAACAGCCGUCGCCCUUGACAGCGGAGACAAUAAAUUUAUGAAAGAUUAUGCUAUGUUAAAGAUAUAUGAGAGCUGCUUCGGCACCGCUUUAUUAAAACAAAUCACCAAAGAACUGAAGGACGCAUAUGCAAAAUGUUCAACAGCGCCACCUAUGAAAGAACCGUUGAACUCACACAUACCACCAUUGUUCCUAAGCAAGCUGCCGCCCGGCUUCGCUAUGGACCCUAAUACGCAAACCAUUACCAAACCGCUAGAUGGCGCUGUCCCAAACAAAGACGAAGAUGGUCCUAUAAUUCAAGAUCAAGGACAACAACCACAAAAACAAACGUUAGGAGGAGUUUUAACUUUUAGACCAAAUGGUGUAAAUGGCCCAUUCCCUCAGCCCCAGGCGGCGGUACCGCCCUACAUGAUCCCUACACAGUUCCGGCCCUACAGCGCGAACCCUUACUACCAGAUGCCCUACAACACGCCCGUGUUCUACCCACCGAAUGUGCCCUACAACCCCUACUUCGCGCAGCAGCAGUACCAGCAAGGAUACUACCAGCAGCAACAGCCUUUCUUCGCGAACAAUAGGAUGUCGCGCCACCUCGGCCUCCGCGCCCGCCUGGCGCUCAACGCCCGCGGCCAGCAGAACCAGAACGUGACGUGCGUGAUGCAGGAGCUCGGCUACAUCGACAGCAACAUGGAGCCCAACUACGAGCAGAUCACGCAGAGGAUUAACAACCUGCCCGUCUCUAAUGAGCUCAAGGGUGACAUUCAAGAAGGAUUACAGUUCUGUCAGAAGUUCUCGCAAUGUGUGCCGGAAGACAAGCGUGACAUCGUGCCUCGUCCUCAAGAACAGAUCAGAGCAAUCUUCUUCUUCCGUUGUUACAAACAUAAGAAGUUGGAGGCUUGCAUCAUGAAGGAUAUCAACCAGCACUUCAACAAGGAAUACAUGUUUGACUCUGACACUGACUUCGCCCUCUCCCGACAAGCCCGCUCUGUCCGCGACGUGCCUCUCCGCGACCCCAGCAUUGAAGCCCUCGAGGAGAUGGAAGUCUACCUCUACGACUACCUGAGCGGCGGCGGCGGCUUCGACUUCGACUUGUACAUCUAAGACUGAGCCCUAGUUUUAGUCCAGUUCAGUCAUUAUUAGAAUAAGUGACGUCAUUCAUCUUAGUGUAAGUCCUAUGUAGUUUAUUAUGUACGUACACAGUUGGAUCGUAAGACAAAGUUUUGCAUGAGGCUUUAGAUUAAGGUCGCUAUUUGAAAAAGCAGGAUUAUACUCUAGUUCUUCAGCACAAGGUCUAAUCUUAGCGACCAAUAGAUAUUCUAACAACUGGAGUUUUACAGAUCAUGUCAAAUAGCUUAGCCACCUUAUGUUUGAACUAUUUAGGACAGAAAAUAUAUAAGGAGUUCCGCAAGGCGAUUCCCUAGGUCCAGCCUUGAGAUCAAAUCUCACAGUAAUGAAUGAAUUGUAAUUCUUAUUUUUUAUUUUGAGUUCUGCUUCGGCUGUCUUCAACAUACGUAUCUUAAUUCCUAUUUAAGCGUAUAUCUAUGUAAGCGAGCCAAGUUUGGCCAAUUAAGGUUAUGAAACAAAUGCUCAAUAAAAAGAUCGAUUUAAUUGUAGGUACCUAGAUAUAUAUUUUUUAUUUAUUUGGUUUACUUUUCGCCAUUGAAUGCAUUUAAUAUUUGUAAGCAAUGAUAAAUGAUAGAAUAUUAACAUAUCAAGUUGACUAUCAUAGGGCUUGGGAAAAACCGGGACGUUUGCUUCGAUAAUAAUACGUAACAAAAUAAGAUAUUAAAAAUGGAUAAUUACUAAAAUCCGAUGAGUCCAAAUAAGAAAAUAGAUGAAACUAAAUAAAGAUAAGAA